ACCGCAGAGGCAAAACACUAGGCGGGAGUAGCGCUCAUAAUGGUAUGAUUUUUAAUCGGGGUAAUAGUCGUGGUUAUGACGAGUGGGCCAAUACGUACGGCGCCGUCGGUUGGAGUUAUAGGGAUGUGUUGCCGGUGUUCAGGGAGUGGGAGAACAAUACAAAUGCUACUAUUGUUAACAAUAAUCCUGGAUAUCACGGAACUCAUGGUCCAAUUGAGAUAACUUCACCACAAAAUGCUGAUAAAAUCAUUUCAAUUAUUGGUGAAUCUGCUGUUGAGUUGGGGUUUAAUUAUACAGAUAUUAAUGGCCCAAAUCAGAUCGGGUUUAUGGACACCGAGUCGUUUGUUACAACACAAGGUUUCAGAUCGGGAACGGGUAAUGUGUUUAUAGACCCGAAUCCACACCCAAAUAAUCUUCAUAUAGUGUGCAAAGCAUUGGUCUCUAAAAUACUGUUCAAUGGGUUGACAGCCAUUGGCGUCGAGUUUAUAGUGAAUGACAUCUCGUAUACGGUUUACGCCAACAGAGAAGUCAUUGUUUCCGCCGGUGCAAUAAAUACGCCACAAAUUUUAAUGUUGUCGGGAAUUGGACCCAGACAACAUCUGGAAAAUGUUGAUAUACCAGUGUUGUUAGAUUUACCGGUGGGUGACAACUAUGAAAGCCACCCAAACCUCGGUCUGACUGUUAAUAUAAGGCCUGAAUACUCUUAUUUAAUUAACAAGCCACCAGAAUUAAACGUAAAGCAACUUGGUGAACUGUAUUAUAACAAGAGUGGGCCACUGGCCAGGCAUAAUAACGCCGUAAUAAUAUAUAGCACACAACAUAAUUGGGACAAACAGUGGCCAAACGUCAAUUUAUUUAUGAAACCUGUUGCUGGCACAAUAGUGACCACGUCCAAUUUAGUCAGAAUCAAGAGUAAGGGCACAAUAAGGUUGCAGUCGACUGACCCGAUGACCUCUCCCUUAAUUAACCCAAAAUGGUUGGACGAUGUUGAUGAUUUUAUAAACUUGCUAGAUGCGGCCAAAAUGCAGUUUUAUAUAUUUGAACGGACACAAUUAGCACAAUAUAUACAACCCUUGCCGUCAUUCGCCUCCAUCGGGUGUCCCGUCUGUCCGCUCAGACGAUAUAUGUAUGAAUGCGUUGAGGGCUUGAAGUGUUAUAUCCGUUAUAACACUCACACAGCCUUUCAUUCAGCGGGCAGUUGUCGUAUGGGAGCGAUAGAGAGGCCGGACGUUGUGGUCGACCCCCAGUUGAGGGUUAAGGGNGCGGGCAGUUGUCGUAUGGGAGCGAUAGAGAGGCCGGACGUUGUGGUCGACCCCCAGUUGAGGGUUAAGGGGGCCAACAAUCUAAGGGUUUGCGACGCCUCUGUGUUUCCCGUUAUACCCAACGCCAACACCGCCUCCGCCUCUAUAACUGUGGGCUAUAAAUGCGCGCAAUUUAUUAAAGAUUAUUAUCAUUUAAAA